AUCCAAAUGGCAUUAUCACUAACAAACCCCGUUACCCUAUUCCGCGAGCCGACGGUCUCAUCGACCAACUUCGCGGGGCCAAGAUUUUCUCCAAAAUUGAUUUGCGAGGGGGUUACCACCAGAUUCGUGUCGCUGAAGCUGAUUUUUGAAAGGCUGCAAUUCGUACCCACUAUGGAAGUUACGAGUGGACC